UCGCAUUCAUUGACAUACAAAUAAAUCAAUGACCUGAUAAGAGCUGUCAUCUGACCAUAUCUUGGUUUUCGUAACUUCUCGGGACAAAUCGACUCUGUGAACAAUAUGCGCUUUAUCCAGUUUGAGAGGGGCGGAGUGAGACAGGUCGGGGUGGAGGUACGCGAUGGAGGGGACAUCGUGGAUUUACGUGCAGGAGACUCCGAAAUUCCAUCAGACAUGCGGAGUUUUAUCGAAGGUGGACAGAAGAACUUACUUGCAGCAAAAAGCGUAAUAGACAGAGGUGGAUCAAUCAUUCCGAGGGAUUCUGUCAAAGUCGUAGCCCCUAUUUAUAACCCAGACAAAGUACUAUGUGUAGGGAUGAACUACAUAGAUCACUGCGAGGAACAGAACGCACCUGUCCCUAUAGAACCGGUCAUCUUCAACAAAUUCCCCAGCAGUAUCAUAGGCCCCACGGAGGAUCUGGUGUAUCCCGAGGAGACAGAGAAGUUGGACUGGGAAGUGGAGCUGACAAUUGUUAUUGGAAAAGAAGCCAAGCGUGUUCAGGAAAAAGAUGCCAUGAAUUACGUUUUUGGAUAUACCGUUGCACAUGACGUCAGUGCACGUGACUGGCAGCUAGAUCCUGGAAAGAAUGGUGGGCAGUGGUUGAUUGGAAAAGCCAUGGAUGGUUUCUGUCCCCUAGGACCCGCCAUUGUGAUGAAAGAGGAUCUGAAUGAUCCUCAUAAUCUGGGACUGCGAUGCAAGGUGAAUGGCGUGACCAAGCAAGACAGCAACACAAAUCAGCUGGUACACAAAACGGCUGCCAUGGUAACAUUUAUAUCUAGAUUUAUGACACUGAAACCAGGGGACCUAGUUUUAACGGGAACCCCACCUGGUGUUGGGGUAUUUAGAAAACCUCCAGAAUACCUAAAGAGAGGUGACGUAGUGGAGUGUGAAAUUGAUGGCAUCGGGAAAGUUGUCAACAAAGUAGUGUAGAGUUUUACUGUCAACAAAAUAGUGUAGAGUUUUACUGUUAAAAAAUAGUGUACAAUUUUACUGUCCACAAAAAUUGGUGUAGAAUUUAACUCUUACCGAUGAUGGUUGAUUUUGGUAUUCUAAGAAAAAUGAUAUGUAGCCUAAUGUCCAGUCAUGCAACCCAGAAACGUUUUGUAUCAAAGAAUGUGGAAAUGGUCAACUGGGGAUCUCUAGAUUAGAAAUUAUAAGCAAAUUAUUUUAUUUGAUUGACAUGGUAAACAAAAUGAAAUCUUACAUCUAGUUUUGUAAGGGAUAUGAAUUCUGCUUUCUUUCAUGUGUAAUAUGACACAGCAAAAUUCAGGUGCAAUAAAGACUUUAAAA